AUGUAUUCAUUUCCACCAACAUCUUCAACAGCUACAUGGGAAGGAGGAUUACCCCCUCAAUUCGCCCGUUCCAAAAUUCUUUAUUCUGACGAAUUCUGUAAAAUGACAGACGAAAUUUUAAUCAUCAAGAAAUUCUUUUUUGGGACAUUGAGACCUAAAGUUGUGUUUUUGAAGGAUAUUCGAGUUGUUUAUUUUGAUGAACAAACUAUUGCUCAACGUAAAUAUUCACAUAGACGAAUAUGGGGGCGAGCACAUGGAAAGUCUAUUUAUUGGGCUGCUGAUUUUAAAAGGUAA